AUGGGUCUAGAAGACGGGCAAAGCAAGGACCAGAGCAUGUACCAGAGCAAGAAUCUUUUCCCCAAGCUGCCGUCGAAUGUCUACCUGAGGGUGACCUCGCUGCACACAGCCAAGUCCUUGGCCAUCAUCCAAGACAUCACUCCUGCAAGCCACUUCCAAAAGUACUCAAAUUCCAUCAUCGACCACAUUAUCGGCCAGGCAGGAGCAUGA